UACUUAUACGUUUUUGUUUUAGCAGAAGAGACCAAAGAAGAAAGUCCAGGCAACGUCCCAGUGACUAUGGGAGUCAUUGUGACCAAAAAUGAAACAGAAGAAAAGGGAAUAUUCUGGAAAGCACUGGAUUUACCCAGUAUAAGGACCAAACGAGAAGUCCACACUGUCAGUACCGAUACUCUGAGAUACCUUAUCCCAGUAGUUGUUCUGGCGGUACUGGCAGUCUUGGGAAUCAUUGGAUGGAUUCUGUUCUACCUCGAGAGGAGAAAGAUGAUACUGAAAUUACAGGCUUUUGAUGAAGAGAAUCCUCCAGAAGAGAAACCAAUAGAGCCAAAGAGGAAAAAGCUUAAAAAAGUUGCUAAACGCAAACAAAAGGCUGCUGAGCGAGAUAUUGAAGCGCAACUUGAGGAAGAAGAAGAGGAGGAAGAAAUAGGCGAUGAGCCUAUAGAACCUCCGAAGAAAUUGAAGAAGAAAAAGCCUAAAAAAGUUGCUAAACGGAAACAAAAGGCUGCUGAGCGAGAUGUGGAAGCGCAGCUUGAGGAAGAAGACGAGGAGGAAGAAAUAGGCGAUGAGCCUAUAGAACCUCCGAAGAAAUUAAAGAAGAAAAAGCCUAAAAAAGUUGCUAAACGGAAACAAAAGGCUGCUGAGCGAGAUAUUGAAGCUCAGCUUGAGGAAGAAGAAGAGGAGGAAGAAAUAGGCGAUGAGCCUAUAGAACCUCCAAAGAAAUUAAAGAAGAAAAAGCCUAAAAAAGUUGCUAAACGCAAACAAAAGGCUUCUGAGCGAGAUGUAGAAGCUCAACUUGAGGAAGAAGAAGAAGAGGAGGAAGAAAUAAGCGAUGAGCCUAUAGAACCUCCAAAGAAAUUAAAGAAGAAAAAGCCUAAAAAACAGAAAAAGAUUAAGAAAGUUGUCGAAAGUGACGAGUCUGCUGAACUAGAGGAGGAAGAGCAGCUUGAGGAGGAAGAAGAAGAAGAACCUCCUAAGAAAUUAAAGAAGAAAAAGGCUAAAAAACACAAAGCGUGAGUUUUUAACUGAUCUUCCUUUCAAUUGCCUGAGCCCCGGGCCCCGUCUGGCACAAUGGAGACCUUAUUACUUUAAUAAUUAUUAUCUGCCAGACAUGUAAACUUAAUUAUUUCAAAUUAAUUAUCUAUAUAAAAAUAUUGUUCUGACUAAACUUUCAGUGUCUCCAAAAUACAUUUUUAUAAUAUGAAAGAAUAUAAGACUUAUGAGAGUCUAACAGCAUAUUUUGUAAUACUCGAAUACACCCGGGUUCCUAUUAUCAUGGUUUCUCCCAAACUUAAAAUGACAGAAUUAUAAUACUUUUUUUUUCUUUUUUUAGAAUAAAGCUUCGUGUAUCGACGUCGGAAGAUUCAGAAGACUCAGACGUCUCCGAUAUAUCAGAAGAGACUGCUGAGUCGGAUGAUUCUUCUGAGUCAGAGGGGGAUGGGCAAGAGGAAGAAACAGAUGAACAACCAUCCCUCUUAAAAUGGGCCAUGAAAUCAGCAGCAAAAAAGACUUCAAAAUUCAUCAAGUGAGUUUGCUUGGCCUUAACUAGUCAUGUGACUUUGUUUGUAUUUCUGACCCCACAGGUGUCUGUAACAAAACAAUCACAUUACUUCAUUAGCUCAGGUUAAUAUCGUUAUAACCGCUUCUCUCCGCUCCGUCUUGUAGGCAAGUGGAGCAGAGCAAAUGCGUAAUGUGAUUUAAUGACUUAGGGGCACAUUUACUAAGCAAUUUCGAGAAAAAGUUGAUUUUGUUUAACUUCUAGAUAUUUUUGAGAUGUAUAAAUGGGUUUGUGCCAGUACUCGAUUUUUCUGAUAUGGUUUCUCGAAAAUUUUUGAGAAUAACUCCCAUAAUUCGAGAUUUAUUAAUGUUUAGUUCACUUUUUUGUCGAGUACCAUUGAAUCCUAUGGAGGCUCAGAGUAGCUGAGGAUUAGAAUAGUCGGUGACAUAUUUUCAAUGAAAAAUGAAUCCCCUCAUUGUUUUCUGUUUCACCCAGUUUCAAGGGAAACUUGAUUGUUUAAUACGAAUUUAUCCAACCUCGAGUUUAUGUGACUUUCAAGGCCAGAAAAACCCGGGUUUUAGUAAAUGUGCCCCUAAAUGUCACUUUGGCCUCUUUUCUUCUUUCAAAAAUAAUUUUAUGAUUAGAAUUAAAAGUGUCACAGAUAUUCCUGUCCAUAGUCCAGAUGUAAAUGAAUAUAAGCAGCUUCUGGCAGCACUGUUUUUGGUUCAUUGAUACACCCAGCUGGCUAUUAGAACGGCUGCUCACAAGUGUCAAUUUUUGUAUUUUAUUUUUUAAAUCUGUUAUUUAUCUUUUUUUAGGAAAAAGCUUGAUGAUGCUAUGAAGUCAGAUGAGCCAGAUGAGUCAAGUAGCCCAGACAGGACUCCUGAAUCUGAGGAGACUGCUCAAUCUUCCUCUUAUGAAGAAGAAAAAUCAGAGGAAGAAGAAAUAGAUGAAGGCCCAGACCUCUUGAAACAGGUCUUUAAAUCAUCUAAAAAGGCUGCAAAAUACAUAGGUAAAAAGAUUGUGCAGUCAGCUAAGACAAAACAAGCUGAUACUGAGGAAGAUCAGUCAGACCAGGAUGAGGCUUCUGAAGGGGAGGAGCCUAGUGACCGAGAAGAAGAAGGAGCAGGACCCUCCCAUUCACAGAAAGCCGCAAAAGCUAAAGAAGGCACAAGGUGAGUUUGCUCAGUCUUAUUGUAACUGUCAGAGCCCAGAACCCAAUAGCUAAACUGUCGUACACAUUACGGGGCAGAUUUAUUAUGUUGUGUAAAAAAUGGCGUCAAAAUUCACCAUAUAACGGCAGGCGUCGCUGUGUAAAGAUCGGCUUCAUUUCUUAACAUGUAUUUUCUUGUGCCAGAACUUAC